AUGAAGGUUUCAACUGUGAUCCCUGCAUCUCUCCUUGUUGCCACUGCAUUGGCACAGGAUCUGGGCCCAAUUUUUAGGCUUCCUGCAUGUCCUAGAAACUGCAUCUUCUCUACCCUUGGGAAGUCAGGCCAGUUUGGUUGUCGCGGCAAUGAUGUCCGAUGCCUCUGUGCUAGUGCUGGUUAUCACCAGGAGCUUCGUAGAUGUGCAUCUGCGUGUUCUCCUGAUGAAAGAAAUCUUCUGAACAAUGUGGGCAGGAGACUUUGUCAAGAAGCUGGUGUUCCUGUUCCCCCACAUUUUCUAGCUGCUGUUGCAAAUCGUGAGCUGGCGAUUGAUGGUCUUCUUCAUGAACGAUCUAUUGAUAUUGGACCUGCUCCUACUGUGUGUGACGCGUCAAUUCAGACAAACCACCCACAGGACAUCCCAGUGGCUCCGUCCGCAUGGGCUUCCUUGCCAGUUAUUACCACCACUGUUGCUGAUGCAACUUUGCCGAUGGAACUGGCCUCCUCUGAAACUUUUGUCUCUCUCCCUAUUGAGACUCAGACUGAAGUCACCAUUGCCCAUACACCUGCCAACAGUGAAGCUUUUCCUGAACUUUCUGUUUCCACCCCUAUCGGAACUGAUGCACCGGGCAUCACUAUUCCUGCCGAGCCCACCAAGGGCGAAUUUUCUGUUGUUACUUCUGCCGAAGUCUCUAUUGCUGCUGAACCUACCAACAGCCAGCUCCCCGUCACUGUCCCGACUCAAACUGAUUCUUCCCUCACCAUGUCCGCCAAGCCGACCGGGGGUGAACUUUCUGUUGUUACAUCUGGUCCCGAAGUGACUGUCUCUAUUGAGCCGCCGCAAACCAUGUCUACCUCGAUGAUUGGGUCCAUCACGCCCGAUGUUAGUGUCCCAAUUGCACCAAUGGAGACAAAAACUCCCCAAGCUUUGGUAUCCAACGAUGCUAUGGGUAUUCGAACCAAUUUCCCUGUCCUCGUUGCAGGUAUUUUCGCUGCCUUUCUCUAA